AUGGACCCCGUACCCAAUGUGACAGUCUCCGAGACUGAGGAUACGGUGAGAACGAAUACAGAAACCGACUCAACCCAAUCCCCCCAAUCAUCACGUUCAACUCAGCCCGCGCCAAUACUGCCCUCAGAAGAGCUGGAACAUGCAUAUUGGGCAGAGUACGAGGAGGACACAACGGUCCCAGAUGAAGAGGAGAUGAAGGAGAUUGACGGCGGUGAUUCGGAUUACAGUGCCAGUGAUCACAAGUAUUGGGAAACAAAUUUCUUUCGGGAUUUGGGAGAUCCCGAAUACAUUCCUACCGAAAAAGCCCGUCUUACGUGGACAUUUAAGGGUGUUCGGGGCACCCCCGAGAACCCCAAUCGGCACAAAGUCAUUCUCUCCCCGCCAGCAUUUGUCGGGGGUUAUUGGUGGAGAAUCAAGUUCUAUCCUCGGGGGAACAAUGUCAACGCGUUGAGCGUCUACCUCGAAUGCUCUACCACAAUGCCCGCUUCAGAGGGCAAGCUUCCAGAGAUGGAAUUUACGGUUCGUCGUGGCCCAGCCGAUGCCUUGCUGGAUGAGAAUACCCCGGAGAUCCAAAUCAAAACCGCGGCCACAGAUGACGCGGCAGCAUGGUUCGAGAACUACAAGUCUCAAUAUCCUGCGACCACGAACAACUCCCAAUCUGAUCAUGGACCCUCGGAUUCUUGGCGUGUGCCCGCACAGGUCGGUGUCAUUGUAUACAACCCACAAGAACCACGCACUGGUUGGAUGCAGUCUUCUUGUCAUCAAUUCAAUAAACACAACCUGGACUGGGGGUGGACAUAUUUCCACGGCCCAUGGGAUCAAAUCCAUUCACGCCGGCGGGGUCAACAUCGUGCCCUCCUGACCAACGACACCCUCUCAUUUGAUGCGUACAUUCGUGUAGUGAAUGACCCCACCAAGUCCCUUUGGUGGCACCCAAGUGAUUCCGAGCCAACUUGGGAUAGCAUGGCCUUGACCGGCUAUCGACCUCUGGGUGACUCGAUCAUCAAUCAUAGCCCAGAGGUAGCUGGACUUGCCUCGUGGCUGCACAUUGCGCCAUUUUGCAAGAUCAUUCAAGAUAUCGACGUGCUUGAACAUCUCACAAAUGCUGAUGCGAGGCCAAAACCUCUAUGUGACGCUCUGCAAAGGCUUCUGUGGCAGCUUCGCCGCCGGACACUCUCCCCAAGCUAUGUCGAUACGGAUGCCGUGACCACCACUCUGCGCAAUCUGCACGAGUUUUCGAGCGAUGUGUCGGAAUUUUGGGAGCGCUUGCGUCGCACCAUGGAGCUGGAGCUGAAAGGAACGGAUGCCGGCAAACAAUUCGCUCACCUCUUUGACAGCCCAGUUGUACAUAGUCCGUCUUCUGAUGGCGAAGCAACUGUGAACCAGUUGCCGACUGACUUCAACUCGCGUAUUUACGUGCCAGUUGAUCAAGCCAAGUCUACCUCCGAGGCCGUCACUCGAUACUUGAGUGCUAAGCCCGGUCGUUGGUCGCUUCCAUCACUUCUUCAUGUUGAAUUCGGCCGUCAUACUCUGGACAAUUCCAAACGCUGGCAGUUGCGGUAUGACAAAGUGGAGCUGGAUGAGGAGCUGGAUCUGGCUCCUUGGGUAGUUGAUGGCCAGGGUAGCAAGUAUGUCCUUUAUGGCUACAUUGUUCAUCGUGGUCGCCGCACCUCUGGAAAGUUCUUUAGCAUCCUUCGCCCAGCGGGGCCGGGGACCACAUGGCUGGCUUUUGACGAUGGCAGUGACAACCGUGUGGAGUGCUUGACACAGAAAACAGCCAUGGGUCCACACCUUGGACUUGGUCCUUCCCAAACUGUCGAUCAUAAGAAGGGCCAUGACGUACCUGUCGUGGCAAUGUAUAUCCGUGGCGAUAUGAUAUCCGAGCUUUUGCCUGGUCCCCAAGGGCCUUGGGAAGUUCCCGAGACCUUGAAACAAUUCUAUGAAACAGGCGUGUACCACACUGGUGGCAAGCCUGCGGAUCAUGUCCAGGUGGAGGUUUAUGCGCUUCCCCAAUAUGAUCAGCUGACCAGCCUGUUUGACUCCUACGAUCUCAUGGCGCAGGCCAAAGCGGCGAACAGUGUCAUGUAUAUGGCUCUUCCCCGCUCAUCCCGGUUGGUUGAACUACGCAAAAGAAUUGCUAUGUGGAAAUCUUCGGGCUCCGAACCCAUUAGUCCCGAGCGGGUUCGUUUCUGGCAGAUUGGUAACUCCUUUGUUCAGUCUAAAUCAUCGUUGGCAUUUGAUCGCACUACAGAUCUGAAUGUCCCACUGGAUCCAUCAUUGAACACUAUACGGUUCUGGAUGGAAAUCAUCUCAGAGGAGGAUGCUCAAUUCUUUGCCAUCCCAGACCCUCCUGCGGGUACUACUUUAGAAGAUAAGCCGGACGAGCUUGUCGUCGAAGACUCGAUACAAGAAGCUUCUGGAACUGUGACAUCUGUGGCCGAAGGAGAUGCCGUAGCUAGCUCAUCGGGAAAUGCUCCCCAUGAGGAUUCUGUUGCUUCGGAUCCCGUGAACUCGAUCGUCGAUGAUGGCUCAUUGCCUCCAUUAGCCACACUUUCUCUAGAGAACGACGCCUUUGCUACAGAAAGGGCUGAGCAGGAAGUGGUACUAGCUGCUGUCGCUACCCAUGAUCAACAAGCCACGGCUGCUCUUACGGCAACCCCAUCAACAGAAGCCACAAGUUCCGCUCCUGCAUCACCUUCCGAUAUUGAGCCUUCUGCACUAGAGCUUGUCCCUCAAACACAGGUCCAAUCUGAGGUAAAAUUGCCUGUUGGCCAUACAUACUACUUUAUUCAAAUGUUCGACGUGGACAGUCAAGCGCUUCGUACCGUGGGGUCAUUCUUCUCCAAGCUUGAUGCCAACGUCAAAGCCUCCAUCCGACGCCACUUACAGCGGCCCCUCCGUCAAGACUUUCUCAUCUGGAAACGAGUCGACGGUGCUGCCGUCACCACGGUCUCGCCUGCUGAUAGCUUCGACGACGUGGUGGCUCCGCACGGCGCAUGUUUCAUCGUCGGGGAUAAGUUGACCAAAGAAAAACGUACUCAACUUGCUUCUUCGGGAUUGUUCACCAGUCCUGACCGUCUGGUCCAGUACCUGUGGGCCGAUUCUCGCGGGCAUCCAAUUCAAGGCUUCACCGGCAUGAAGACCAUUGAAGCUACCUUCACAAACGACUACUACAGUGGUUACUUCUUGAAGGGUUAUCACCAUGGCAGAGGCAAGCACAUCUCUAGCACUGGCAUGGUAUACGAAGGCGACUUCAUCUUUGGCCGGCGUCACGGCCAAGGCAAGCUAAAUUACCCCACCGGCGACUGGUACGAUGGUGAUUGGGUCGAAGAUGUAUGCCAUGGACAAGGUACCUAUGUUGAGAAUACAACGGGCAACAAGUAUGUUGGCGGCUUCAAGGAUGGUAAACGCCACGGUAAGGGCAUCAGCUACUGGGAGGUGGCCGAUGCAGAGUUGGACCUAUGCCAAAUCUGCUACACCGAGGAAAUGGAUGCAGUCUUUGCCGAGUGUGGUCACCUUUGCUCCUGUGUGACUUGUGCGAACCUCAUGAGUUUGUGUCCAAUGUGCCGCAAAGAGGUCAAGAAGGUGAUCAAGAUUUAUCGGGCAUAG